UGAGUGCCAAACAGUGGUAAACAUUAAACACGUGUUUAGUUUCGGUAAUUAACAGUGAAUUCAAUUAAAAUUGCAUUCAAUUGCAUAUAAAUAGGAUUCAAUUGAUUGCUAUAUUAAGCGCUCAUUCAUUGCAUUCAUAGUAAUCACACGAAUCGGUGACAAGUAAUGGCUGUGCAAAAGGGAAAGGCGUUAACAAAGGGUCAGAAGCAGAUCGUCGAGGAAAACAAGUCGACUCUUCGCUUCUACACCAUUAUGUCGACCGCAGCCAUGAUAAUAUACUUCGCGACGAUGUCUCUAGUGUUCAGCGAUUUGUUUACAUUUAAAUAUUGGUUAAUUAUCGUAUUUUCCGGAUCCGUGUAUUUCGGGUCUCUGGCGGUCAUGCAAUACAUGGCUAAAGCCGUCUAUUCAUCUACCGGUGCGCUCGUCGACGGAGGCAUUGAUCUAAAUAUGGAGAACGGAUUCGCAGAACAUUUAAAGGACUUAAUAAUACUGACGACUGGCGUCCAAACCCUGUCUUUGGUCUCCAAUUAUAUAUGGAUUUUAUGGCUUUUU